AUGGGCUUUUGGGUUUAUCUGAUAUAUGACUUAUAAGUCGAAAAAUACGCGUGUAUUAAGUUAUGCAUCACAGACAGACAGGGCCUAUAUAUGUGAUGCAUAGCACAGCCACAAGCUCAAAGUCAAACUCAUUGAUAAAAGAUGGAAGUAGUACCUGUCCUUGUUGCAAUCACUCUUCCUCUGUUUUUGCUGUUCAUACUCAAAAAUUGCAAUGCCAGAAAGUCGAAUCGGCAUGCACCAGGUCCCCCUGGCCUCCCGUUGAUCAGAAACAUGCUUCAGUUCGACAGCUUAAACACUCACAUCUACUUGCACCAUCUUUCCAAGAAGUAUGGUCCUCUCAUGUCUUUGAAGUUAGGGUCAGUUAAAAUCCUAGUCAUCUCCUCUGUGAGCGCAGCGAAAGAAGUCUUCAAAUUCCAUGAUCUUUGUAUCUCGAAUAGGCCAUCCUCAGUUGCCAUCCAGAAGCUAUCUUACAACAAGCUAGGCUUCUGUUUCGCACCAUAUGAUGAGUACUGGAGGAGCAUGAGGAAAUUUUCUGCUCUUCAUCUCUUUAAUGCAAAGAGCUUGAGGUCAUUUCAACCUAUCCGCGAUGAAGAAAUUGCACGAAUGGUCAGAACGAUACGUGAUGCAGCUGCAGCUGAUUCCAGUGUCGUAGAUUUGAGCAAAACUUUUAUGACUUUGACAAGCUCAAUUAUAUUUAGAAUUACUUUUGGUAAAACAUAUGAUAAUGAUAUGAGGACUAAAUUUCAUUGGCUACUUGCUGAAACUGAAGCCAACAUUGUAAGUUUCUUUCUUACAGAUUAUUUUCCCCUAAUGGGUCGAUUUCUUGAUAGACUGAACGGUGCAUGGGCUCGGUUGGAAAAGAGUUUUCGCGAAACAGAUGCUUUUUACCAACAACUCAUUGAUGAACAUCUUCUUGCAUCCAGUUUAUCUACUGGAGACUGCAGCAUCCUCGACAUCUUACUUGAGAUGAAGAAGGAUUCUCCUGGUUUCACGUUUGAUCACGUGAAAGCAAUAUUAAUGAAUAUUAUACUUGCAGCAACGGAUACAAGUGCUGCAGCUAUAAUUUGGGCCAUGACUUUGUUAAUCAAGAAUCCCGCAUCAAUGGAGAAAGUGCAACAAGAGGUUAGAGAUUUAGGACGACAGAGAGGAUUUGUAGACGAAGACGACAUCGAAAAACUUGUUUAUCUUAAAGCUGUAGUGAAGGAGGUCCUGCGAUUGUGGCCGCCUGCUCCAAUUCUGCGCAGAGAAACCACUGAAAAAUGUGUGGUUAGUGGCUAUGACAUCGAAGCUAAAACGUGGGUUUACGUGAACACGUAUGCUAUAGGAAGGGAUCCUGAAUGCUGGGACAAUCCAGACGAGUUCUUGCCGGAAAGAUUCAUGAAUAAUAGUAUUGAUUUUAGAGGCCAAGAUUUUGAGCUGAUACCAUUCGGAGCAGGGCGGAGAAUAUGUCCAGGAAUAUCAAUGGGAGCCACUACGACGGAGCUGGUGCUUGCUAAUCUUCUCUACUCUUUUAACUGGGAACUGCCUCCAGGUAAAAAUAGAGAAGAUAUUGACAUGGCCGCGCAGCCUGGCUUGACUGUGCACAAGAAGAACCAUCUUUGUCUUGUCCCUAAAAUUGGUGAUCAAGUAUCACAUGCUUAUUUAAAGGUGUGAUGCAUUGUCAUGGGUUGGACCAUGAAAGUUCCACUGGUGUAAUUAGCUUGGUUUUUAUUCCAUCCUGUUUAAUCAUGAAUAUUUAUUUCAAAUGAGCCUUGUCAUGAUAUCUUCUUGGUUGACUAGCUUAUCUUAUGGUCUCUUAGAUAUUCUCCAUAAUUAAUGAAUUUAGAAGAACACUUCAAUUAUAAAUAGCUUGUCAUUGUCAUUGCUAUUGAGCAUGUCAGCAUCCAAGAAUAGCUUUCAUUGUUGAAUUUCAUUCAUGUAUCAUACAAGUCCUGAUGUACAACAGCAGCCGAACUAAUAAUCUGUACACA